CUUCCCCAGUCAGUUUUAGAUUCAUUUUACUAAUUUUUUUUGAUGACACUUUGUGUUGAGGUUCUUCGAUUUUGACAAAAAUUGCAUCGUUCUUCGUUGAAUCAGUCGAAAUUUGGGUGUUUUUAGUUAACAUUGUCGAUUUCAUAUGUUUAAUCGGGUUUUGCUGUGGAUAAUGAUUAGAAUUUUUUUCAAUUUUGGUAGUUAUAUUGCGUUUGAUUUUGAUUUUUUUGUACUGAAUUGGACCCGUUUUAAUGGUGUUCUUGUUGUUGUGAAUUGCACUGCCAAUGUUGGAACUUGAAUUGCAUGUUUGAUGUGAGACGUUUUUUCAUUUUUCAUAAUAGACCAGUGGUCGAUAGGUCAAACACUGCAGAUUUGUCUUUGCUGAAUUUGUUCAUUUUUUUAAUAGACCAGUGGUCGAUAGAUCGACCACUGCAGAUUUAUUUUUGCUGCAUUUGUUCAUUUUUUUAAUAGACCAGUGAUCGAUAAAUCGACCAUUACAGAUUCGUUUUUUGCUGUAGAUCAUAAAUGGUGAGAAGAGUUCAUAGAGCAGUUAAAAGGCCUGCUUCCACUGCUUCUACCAAUAGGAAGCAAAAAUCCAAAGAAGUUUUGAAAACUUCCAAGAGAAAAAAAUCCGUAGUCGAUGAAUUGGAGUCGAAAACCGAAUCAAGAAUCCUUGCCGAUAUUUCUGAAUAUGAUGAAAGUAGUGCACACGAGAGUGAGGAUGCUGAGGAUAGUGAAGGUAAAAGCGAGGGAGAAAGCGAAGAAAAAAGUGAAAGUGAUAGCGGGGACGGUAAGGAUAGGAGAGAUAACGGAGACAGGGAGGAGGAUCCCCUAUCCUUGCCAAUUUGUGCGAGAGAUAUCUCCGUUGAGUUGUACGGCCUAACAACCUGGAUGGAUGAUCUUGGCUCUUUUCCUGCAAGGAUUUCUGUGAGAGCAAGAAUGGCGGCGUAUCGAGAGUUUAGACGGGUUCUUGUUGAAUAAAAGUUGUAUUGUGAUUUUAAGAAGACACGUUUUGGACACUUGAGGCAUAUUUUGGAACAUUUUAAGUUUAAUGGACAGAUGGUUCAUUAUCUGUUGCUGCGACAUAUAAAAACUAAAAACAACUGCAUGAGAUUUGGUUGUGUGAAUGGUAAGCCAGCUUGUUUCGGCUUAAAGAAAUUUUCUUUAAUUACGGGGCUGAAUUGUUCAGCAUAUCCCCUUGAAUAAAAAAUGAACAAAGUCCUCCAAAAUGGAGAAAAAUUUCAUUUAAAGGUGAUGAAGAACAAGAGCAUUACUGCUGCAAAGUUGAUUAGCCUGAUGAAAGGUAAUAGGCUGAAUAAUUAACAAAAGUUGAAGUGUGCUUUGGUUUGGUUUGUGCAUGCAAUGCUGCUAGCAAAGGACCCGUCAAAGAAGGUGGAUUCGAACCACAUCAAAAUGACGGCUGAUUUAGAAUUCUUCGGGGGGUAUCCAUGGGGAAAAGAGUCCUUUGAGCUGACCUUGAGCUAUCUUCAAAAGAAGACUGAUCUGACCAAGCAGAAAGAAGCUUUUGUCAAAAGGAAUAAUGCAUCGUACGUGUUAUUUGGCUUUCUCUGGGCCUUUCUGGUUUGGAUAUAUGAGGACUUUCCUCAUCUGAGAAGGUAUGUCGGCAAGUCGUUGGAUUCUCCCCUGUCCAUUUCCCAUUUUCCUCGAUGGCACAGGUCGAAGUGCGACAACAUAAUGGAAGGCGACCCGUUUAAGUAUAAAGGAAACAAC